UGUGAAGUGCCUGUGAGCUUCUAUUUUGAACCUUUGAGCGAUGGCUGAAGCAGGUCAAGACGCAGGAGGACUCGGCAAAUUCUGCAAGGGGAACAAGUCACCCAAUUGGCUGAGUUCAGACGGGCGUAUGCCUGAGUAUUUUGCCACGGUUUGACGCUGUGAGGCGACAACCCGUCUCCUGGAACAGGCCAGUCGGCGGGACAGAUGCCUGUUUAAGUACUAGUGCGGUGUUGUGUUUCAUGUUGGCUUCAGGUUCAUAUUUUGCGUGUUUAUUGUUUACAUUCCAAUGUGGAACCAACUGUGCCGGAGGCGAGCAACAGGCACCUGAGCAAAGCGAGCAUGGCGAGCGAAGCCGCGGCGAGCGGGGAGACCGCAGACCCAAGGGUGGUGGCCGGAAUCGAGGAGGCCAAGGUCCUAUCGGCUCCACCUCCGGAGACCGCAACUGGAAUCGAGCUCAAGGAGGAGGAAGAUCUUACCGCACCAGCAGAUGGCCUUUAAUCCUUGGGCAGCCUCCACAGGUCCGGCUCGACAAAUCUCUGCCAGGUGCAGCAGAACAAUGCGUCCUUUGCCGCGAGGAGCAGCCAUCUUAUGUCAGCAUCGGUAGAUGCAGGCACGCAGAGGUCUGCUGGGUUUGCACCCUUCGCCUGAGAUUCCUCAACCAGGACACGCGCUGCCCCCUCUGCAACGAGGAGCUGGGAGAGGUCCUGCUGACGACCGACAGAAAUGCAUCAAUGGAGCCAAUUGAUUUACUUGGACUGAACCACGAGCAUCCUUGGAUUUACUUUGCAGAUGAGACCAUUCGCAGAGCGGUGUUGCAGCUGCUGGGCUAUCGCUGUGAAAUCGAGGGAUGUGAGAAAAAGGACGUUGCAUUCCGUUCUCUAAAAACUCUGGAGGACCACCUGUGGCACACGCACUGGCGACAACUUUGCAAGGUUUGUCUUCAUGACAGGCCUGCGUUCAUCUGCGAACAGCGCGUCUACGAUUCAAGCGACAUGGAUCGACACAAUCGUGAAGGUGAUACCUCAUGGCUGUCGAAGGAGCAAGAUGCUAUGCCGACAGUACCACCUCAUCCACGCUGCGAGUUUUGCAAGCAGAGGUUCUUCAACGAUGACAAUUUGCUCAUGCAUAUGAACUUAAGGCACGUGCAAUGCCAAAUAUGCGACACCUUGGGUUACAAGAACGAGUUCUUCUUGAACCCAAAGUGCUUGUCCCGCCACUGGGAGGAGAAACACCACGUGUGUGCUCACAAGGACUGCGCAACAGACGGGUAUCGCCAGACAGCCUUUGCUGAAGAGAAGGCACUUAUGGAUCACUACGAGAGAGUUCACAAGCAGAAGUUUGCAGAUGAAAAGGCCAGAGGGCGAGUGAUGAUGGGCUCCAAUCAGGAGGACACGAGCGCAAUCCGAAGGCGCAGAGGCCGCGGAGCGGAGGACCUUGAUCCCAUCCAGUUCCGAUGGCCGACCACCGCCAUUCCAGAGGACUACAACACAGAUGCCACCGAGGAGGACUACAGAUACAAUCGCUUUCCAAACCGGCUGAUCAUCCCGCUUACGCGGGGCAGUGAGGGCAAAGGCUGGCGGCCAAAAGAGAAUGGAGAGGAAGGUGAGCCAGAUGCGCCAGAAGCAGAAGGCGAAGAGCAAGAAGAAGCAGACAAAGAGGAGUUUGAUUUGCACCCUGAGCUGGAGAAGCUGGGCAUUGACCGCGCUAUUUCCACAGACGGGCCUCGUGCUGGAGCUCCGAGUUGCCUGAGUGCCUUGCACUCCGCCUUGCGAGCGCUGGUCCCGGAAGAUGAAUCUCAAACAGAAGGCUGGGAUGCAAAGCUGCUGCCAGCCGUUGGAAGACUGAAAGCAGCGGAGGUUGAGAAUCUGGAAUGCAUGCGAGUCCACCUCCAUGAUGAGGCAGACGAGAACAGCCUCGACUGGGAGCCGUUGGAGCGGCUCCUAGGCCUGCGGCCAUUGCUCUUCCGCUUGCUGCGCGACAAGGGCAAGGCAAAAGUGUCGUCGCAGAGUCGACGUGCCAUCGGGCCCAGGCAAGGAGGUACUACAGAAGAGCAGGAGGAGGACAAAGCUUGGCGAGAGUGGAAGCAGAAGGCACAGGCUGUCAUUGAUGCUUUGGCUCCCAAAGCUCAACAGCGCGUACUUCGAUAUGUCGAGCUUUGUAUGCAGCGACGCACAGCCCUUGACGAGCUUGGAGAUGGCGUGCCUGACUGGGAGAAUGAGGACAUCGAUGAGGUGUUCCCUGCCCUGAACCCCACCGUCGGCAAUGCGGCUCCAGAGGCACCGGCUGCUCAAGCGCGGGCUAGAGGUUGGGCUGAUGUUGCAUCUGGAACCAAGGAGGCGUUGCUGGCUCCAGAGCAAUUUCCUACGCUUGGAGGCGGUGCUGCCCCAUCGGUUUUAAGCUGGGGACCGAACCGCAAGCCGUCAGAAGGCGCCAGCCGGCCAGGUGCUGCACCUGCGGCUAAGUCCAAGGGAGGCAUUGAUCCAGAGGCAUUUCCAAGCCUGGGCGGGGCCCCCGCAUCUGUAUCGGAGAACACAAGUUGGGGGCCCUCGACGGCCAAAGAAUCCAAAGAGAGCCCAGGCGUCAGGGAGACGACGCUGGAAGACUGGGUCAAGACCAAGCCGAAGGCUGCCCAGCCCAAGGAGUUUGACGCCGCCGGUGCUGAUCCAGAGGCAUUUCCUUCACUGGGUGGCAGUUCGAAGGCGGCGCCGGUUCCUCAGUGGGGAGCCCGGAAUCCUACCGUUGGCCGUUCCACGGCAGCAGCCAGAAUAAAGGAGUUGAAGGAGGCAAAGAUGGAAGCUGCUGCCAAAGAGGCAGCCGAAGCGAUUGCCCAGUCUUCGAAGUCCAAUGAGCCGCCUGAGAAGGUUGAGGACAUCGCGAAGGAUGCUGACAGCUUUCCGGAGCUUCCAAGCAGCCAGCCUCCGCCGAAGGCCCCGCAGGCGAAAAAGGCGCCCAAAGUCGCAGCCAAGCCGAAGCUCAGCAAGCCGAGCAGCUCAGCACCCGAGGUCCGCGGGGAAGAAGCGCCUCUCCAUUUGGACAAGGACCUUGUCCUUCUCAAAAAGGGUGAAGAGGAUGAGCCUCAAGAGAAAGAGGGAAGCCAGAAAAAGAAGAAGGGCCAGAACAAGAAGAAUGUCAUACCUGCAUCUGAAUGGUUUCAGGGCUGAUAUGGCUGACGUUCAUGAAGCCUGGUGUACAGUGGCAGCUUCAUGCAUUUCUUCACCCUGACUGGCAGAACUUCUUUUUCAGUGGCCCGC